UGACACCCCCGCCACCCAGUAGGCUGCCGCUUGGAGCAGCUCCCGGCCGGGCUGGGCUAUUCCCGGCGCUGCCGCUCUGGAGCAGAAGCGAAAGCAGCGGCCCGAAUGAGGAGCACUGCGGAAGCGCUGCGCAGAGCCCACGCCCCUGGCUGCACAGGAGCCGAGAGCCUGGUGCGCCGGCCCCUCUAGGACCCGGGUUCCUGCGAGUCUGUCCCGCGCCUCCCCCCGCAGACGGGGGCCAGGCGGGUGGCGCCAGCGGGAUGCUGCUCCAGCUGAGCGCCGAGUUUGAUCUCCAGAGCGAUGUGGUCCCGUGGCUCUUGGCGCAAGGUCCGGCAGCGGCUCUAGACACUUUUGAGAAGAGUGCAGCACACCGUACGUAGCUAAAUGUUGAAGAAAUGGAAAAAUUAUUUAUAACCUGGAAGGGAAGUGGGAGUACCUACAUUGGAUUAUAUGAUCCUCUUAAUAAACAAAAUGAGCAUCUGUAUACCUUUGAAAAAGAUCUACACAUAAUCAGUUGUUCGAUCAACAAUGAAAAGACAUUACUAGCAGUCAGUUUUCUUCAGUCAACAAAGGAAGAAAGAGUAAAUCAACUACUGCAGCCAGUAUCUAAGUGUUUGACCUUGCUCAUUGAAAUUCACCCAGUUAAUAAUGUAAGAGUCCUAAAGGCUGUGGAUACCUGUAUCAGAGUACAGUUUCUCUAUCCAGCUACAAACAGAAAUCCUUUUCCAGAAAGCCAUCUCUUACUAAUUUCAGAAGAUAAAUAUAUUGAACAAUUUCACAUUCAUGUUGUCACAGAAGAUCACCACAAAGUGGUGAUUCAAAACUCAGGCCAGCUCCCAAGAGACAGAGUUGCAGAUGAUCUCAUUUGGGCACAAUGGGAUAUGACAGAACAAAGACUCUUCUACAUUGUUCCAAAGCUUGAAGCAUCCCUGGACAUCCCUUUAAGAGACAUAGGGUUAAAAUUUGUGAAUUUUGGCUAUGAUUACUCUCAAGACCAAGAGAUGGAACCUAGAUCUCUGAAUCUGCAAGUUUUUACCAGUAAAACAGGAAGUUUUUGUCUGUGUUGUAGUCAGGCUCCUGAUAUUCCGAAGGAGGUCACGUACUCAGUUUCUUUUUUACAUAAAGGUUACAGCAAAACCUUUACAGUUGCUCUACAAAGAACAGAUUACCCACAAGUGAAGGAAGCAGCUUUUUUGAAUCUUGACUAUUACGUGGCUGUUUAUUUGCCUGGCCACUUUCUCCAUCUCCUCAAUACUCAACAUCCUGACCUGAUGUGCUAUAAUUUGUUUCUGACAGGUGAGGACGCGAGAAUCAGCAUGCUGCACCAAAGUUCCAUCCAGUCCCUGUUCAAGUCAGCUGUCUGGGACCGCUGCUCUGGAAGGAUGUUUACUGUAAGAAUAAAUGAGAGCUCCUUGAUGCAAUUCCUCUGGAACAGCAAACUGGACAGUGAUAGACUGGCAGCGCUGCACUGUGCUCUUCUACAUGUCAGAAGUACAACGGAUUUGGAAAUGCAGAUUAUUCAGUGGAUUUCUGAGAACCCGUCAGUAUGUUCUACAUUUGACCCCUUGCAGGAAUUUAUCAUUGCUUCCUUAUACUGGGCAAUGUGUCCAGAGACUAGCAAGCUGGAUAAACUUUUGCCAUAUACGUCAUUGCUGUACUGGAAUGGGAUUAUCCCUGGAGUAACAUGCAUUACAGACAUCAUUUCUUUACCUGAAUUAAAGGUUCUAAAUUGUAAAGGCUUCUGGGAAAAGCUAAACUUAAACCUGGAGUGUGCGAAGUACGCUGAGCCACACUUGCAUUACAACAACAAUGUGCUCAGGAGAGAAUGGUAUAAGCUACUUUCAGAAGAGAAGGCAGAGGAAAGAAGAACCACAACAUAUUUGAGGAAUAUUUUUGAGAAUGCAAAAAAGGUGCUUUCCAAUCUUGCUGCAUGGAACUUGGAGGAAAGGCUAGUUCCUCUUUUUCAAGAGGAAGACUACCAGCAGCGAUUAUUAAUCGGACUAAUGGUUGCUCAGUUGAAAGAUCAUCUUAUGAGGCAUCUACAAUAUGUUGGAAAAAUGAAGAUUGACCAGAUAGUUCUGGAAUAUGUUUCAGAACUGCUGGAUCUGAUCUGUCGGAUAAUGGAAGCUGUUUGGAGGAAAUACAGUCUUCAGUCCUGCAUUCUCUGCUUGGACGAGCGAGGAAGCGCAGCAGAGUGUGCCGCUUUCCACAUCAUGAGUCGGAUUCUAGAAGCUGCCAAUGGAAUGUGUAUGCCCCUGCCUCCUGCCCUGAACUUACAGCUGUGCGGAUGGAGCAGGAGCCCUGAUCCUGCAGCUGCCCCCAUGUAGAUGUCCAUUGACUGCAGCUUAAGAGUCUGCUCACGUGAAGCAGCUUGCUCCAUCGACGCCUUCAUUUCUGUGCCUGUGCAGUCUUUGAAGACUGCAGAGAUUGAAAGGCUUCAGUCAGUGCCAGUUUUCAGAAGGGUCACGAACCAACUGUGACACAGUAACUGCUCUUGGACACUAUGGCCACAAACUUGAACCAGUAACAUGAAGGCUCUGUAUCUCGUUACCAUAAACCAACCCCUGAAUCUACAAUUUUAGAUGCUGGACUGUUAGAUGCUUUAUGUCCCGCUUUUAGGAGUAGCAACCAAUUCUUCAGGCUGAAAUACUUUAACAGAAAUCUACUUGAGUAGAAUGACUCUCUUGUUUUGCUUAGUCAGAAACUUUGGCCUGAAAAUGUUGUGACUUUGGCUUUUUAGGCUACUGGAGUACAAACAUCAUGUUAAUGUGAUCUUGAUCUGUUGGGAAAGAUGAUCAUAAGCAGGGAUGAAAGUACCUUAAAGGAUUUACCAGUACGGAGUCCUGAGUGGGGUUGCGGCCUCAACCCAAAGAGGUGGUGCCUUUCAAAUUUUCAAGGCUCCGGCUGUGAGCUCCAGGGCCU